AUGCAAAAACCAGAAUGGGGCCAUUUGUGUGAAUGGAACUUAAGUGAAAAAAGUAUAUGGACCAAAUAUAUUGUUGAUGCCAAGUUUCAGGUAUUAAAAUCAUGUGCAGAGUUCGGCAUUGUGUUUCCAGUGCUCACAUUUCUUUUGUUUUGUUCUGUUCUGGCUAGUUUUAAAGCAGUAAGUGUUAGUAUCCUGUUCAUACGUCCUUUAGAUAUCUGCCAAUGGAUUCUCGAAUACUGGAGUUCGGGUAUUGUUAUAUUUUCGUAUCUUUACUGUUCUCAAUACUGUGAUCUGUUACAUGGGUUAUUUUAUAUUCACGUUGACUGGAAAGUUUACUUUGAAUCCUUUGUUGAACUUCGAACAGUUUGUAAUUGCAUUCGUAUUCAUGGUGUACGGUAGCAUUUACUGUAACGCAGUACGAACCAACACGUAAGCUUUGAAGUCUGUUUAACAAUAGCGUCACGUUUAGUUUGAAAACAGUUUUGAAAAAAUCGCCAUCAUUUUAGGUGGAUCAAACAUAAACAUUUAAUUAUUACUUACAAUAUUACCGGUAUUAUUCUGUUAUUUGUGACAUAUCAACGUAUACGGGUCUUAACAUUCCUUCAUUAUCAAACCUACGGUUACUUGUGUAUUGGUGCCUUCCAUCUACUUAACAUUUUACUUCAGGUAUACGAGUAUCGGAAGUAUAGGUAAUCUUUUUAUUAUGGUUUAUCUUGUUUUUAGAGCUGAGAACAUUUUUACCCAAUUGCUGGAUACAGAGUCAAUAUUCUUGGAUGAAAAUGCUGAUGAGGGCGCUAACUUCUUCUCCAAAUUAUUCUUUUGUUGGGUGAAUCCAUUAAUUGUCAAAGGUUACAAAGGACAACUAAAGAAUGUAAGGUUGCUAAAUUUUGAUUUUUUUGUAAUUAUGUUUGAAAUAUAGUGUUAUAAGUUAAAAUAUCAUUUAUGUUAGGUGACAAACCUGUUUCGUGUACCUCCAUCUCUUCGUGUUGCCAGAAUUGAGGAAUUGUUCUUUCAAAACGCACCAGAUGAGUUUGUAGACGACCAGAAGUUCAGUUUGUUUGUCGGUCUUCUGAGAACGUUUGGCUUUAAAUACUUCUCGUUGGGAUUGUUACGUCUGAUGGCUGAUCUCUUGACAUUUGCCGGCCCAGUACUGCUCCAUUUGUUAAUUGUUUGCUUAGAGAAUGGAGAUCCAGAUGUAAGUUCAAAUUGUAAUAGUUACUGUAAUUCAAAGAUUAUUUUUGUAUUUAAAAUAUAGUUAUACGAAAGCGGAAUUACAAAGAAAGUUUAUUCAGAAUACGGGUAUUUUGUACGCGACGUUGAUGAUGUUAUGUUCUUUUGGAUCAGCCAUCUGCGACUUUACAUUUAACUUUCACAUGAAUAAGAUUGCUUUAAAAGUGCGAUGUGCAACAUUAGUAGCUUUAUACGACAAGGUGCUUACAUUACCUCAGAAUCAGUUAGCUCAUUUUUCGACCGGAGAGAUUAUCAACUUUAUGUCGACAGAUUUGGAUAGAAUCGUUUCUUUCGUAACGUCGUUUCAUGCCUUCUGGAGUAUGCCAGUUAAUAUUAUGAUUGCCUUGUAUUUACUCUACAGAGAGGUAUGUGAUGAUAGUGGUUUAGAUACGUAAAGUAAAUGUAUGGUUUUGAUGGUUUUUGUAAAUUACGUAUGUUUGUUUAGAUGGGACUUGCCUUCUUCUCUGGACUGUUCUGUGCCGUGCUUAUGAUUCCUCUGAACAAUUACAUCGCAUCUAAAAUUGGGAAUAUGUCACAAAGUUUAAUGGAAUUCAAGGAUCAGCGAUUGAAGGUAGGCAAAGUAAAAACUUAAUAUUAACAUAUUCUGAUUUUAGCUAGUCCAAGAAGUUCUUCGCGCUAUGAGAAUUGUGAAACUUUCGAAUUGGGAGCCGUUCUUCGAAGAAAAAAUAAAUAAAAUACGAAAAGAAGAGCUGAGGUGCCUAAAGUAUCGCAAGUACCUCGAUGCUGUUUGUGUGUACUUGUGGGCAUCAGCUCCCCUCUUGAUUACUAUCACCAUCCUUACAACUUACACUAUGAUCAUGGGGGAAACCUUGACAGCGGCCAAAGUGUUUACUUCGUUGGCAUUGGUUAAUAUCUUGAUAUUACCGUUGAAUGCCUUCCCAUGGGUCCUGAAUUCAUUGAUUGAAGCUCGUGUUUCUAAAAUACGAAUGGACAGGUUUUUCGCGUUGGAGACCAUGCCUUUACACUGUAUCUAUUCUCUUACUGAAAGUAAGUGAUAUUGUGAUUAGUUUUAUGUGUUACUAUAGGUUAUAUGUUAUAGGUUACGGUACUUUCUUUUUAGGUAGUGAUCACUUGUUGGUGCUUGAGGAUGCUAGGUUUGAAUGGAACAGUGGAUUCUCUGUCAGUGGCAUUAACUUUGUCGGCCCAAAGGUACGUGGACUAACAGUGGCAUAUUACUUUUAAUUAGAUUUUUCGUAUUUUAGGUUUAUUUGCUGAAAAAUUGUUAAAAUUAGUAAUUUAAGGGCACAAUUGUUGGAGUAUCAGGUGGAGUAGCUUCAGGAAAGACGACUUUGUUAUUAGGUAUAUUGGGUGAGACCUAUGUUCCGAUUGAUGAGCAGUCGUCUAUCAGAGGAGUACCAUUAAGGACCAGUAUCAGAAUCCGUCAGUCUACUAUCCAUGAAGGCUUUGCUUACGUAGGACAAGAGAAUUGGGUGAGAAGAGGUACCAUCAGAGAGAACAUACUAUGUGGAAGUCCGAUGAACGAGGCCUACUACUACAAGGUCUUGAAGGCUACGGCUUUGUUGAACGAUAUUGAGGUGAGUUUAAAUAUAUGAUGAAUAUUUUGGAUGUUUAUGCUAAUUUUACGAUGCUUUAAAUUCGAAAAUGAUUUUAAUUCUAAUUUUGUAGCGAAUGCCUGGAGGGGAUCAAUAUGUCAUUGCCGACGAAGGUAGCACUUUAAGUGGAGGUCAACGGGCUAGGCUGGCGUUGGCUAGAGCUAUAUAUCACGUAAGUGCUAUUUCAGUAUUACAACAUGAACUAAUACCUUAAGAGUACAACUUGAAAUAACAUAAUAUUUGUAGGAAAACGACGUUUAUAUUCUGGACGAUCCGUUUGCUUCACUCGACCGAAAAGUUGGUCGAUUUGUAUGGCAGAACGCAAUCCAAGGCAUCCUGAGAGAGAAGAACCGGCUGGUAAUAGUGGCUACACACAACUCAGAGUUCCUACAACAAUGUGACCACGUCGUGAAUCUGGAUGCUUUCGGAAGAGUUCAGAGCAGUCAGUCACCGUUGGCUACACUGCCACCAUCUUCUGAAGGUAAAAAUGACACAAUAACCACUUCAGAAUCCGGCAGGAUUGUUGAAGUCGAGAAUCCAAAAGAAGCCGCUGAUUUGACACAUAAAGUAUUGGUACAAGAUGUCGCUGACCUUCCAUCUACAAGUAAAGCUACAGUAGGACAGGAAUCUGAAGUUGAGAGUGAAGAGACUAAGCUCAUCGAGGCUACAGAGUUUGUAUCUCCAGUAGUCGACGAACGGAUGGAGAAAGGCACGGUGAAGAUGGACAUCUACUGGUUCUACAUGGACAAGGUGGGCUUUGCCUUUGCCAUUCUAGUGGGUAUGGCACUCUUGUGUAUGCAAAUUACGAAGAAUAUGGCAGAUGCUUGGCUUAGUAAAUGGACUUUGAACACAACAUCUAAUGGAUCGGAGAGUGUGCAUGAUGUGUAGGUUAUUAUGUGGAUAUUAUUGUAAAGUAUUAUGUACAAGUCAAGGACUUAUGUUCUAAAUAUAUUUACAAAACAUGAAUUUUAUGGAAAGAAAGUAAAGUAAAGAUAUUAAUAUCGUAUCAAAUGGUACUAUUUCAGUUUCUGGAGGGGUGAACGAGAAUCCGAUUUCAUGGACAGUGGAGACUACAAUCAGGCCAAAUACUUUCUUACUGUGUAUGUUGCCAUCGCUUCACUAAACACGAUAUUCACCUUGUUACGGGCGUUUUUGUUUGCCAAGGGUGGAGUAAUGGCGGCCAAGAAUAUCCACGAGAGUCUACUCAAGAAGGUCUUCGCGGUAAGUAGUCUUAGUUUACAGUAUUUUACUAUAUUAUACACUAUAUGACGUCUGUAAGAUAAAAUUACGCAUAUAUGUGUAUCUAUAAAUGUAAAUAUCUAAGCGUAAACUGAUUACUUUUAGUCUACGGUAUCUUGGUGGGAGGUAACACCAUUUGGAAGGGUUGUCAACAGACUAUGUUCAGAUGUUUACAUGGUAGACGACUCUCUGCCAUUCCAGCUUAACAUCUGCCUGGCGUCGCUUCUGAAUCUUCUUGGAGCUUUAAUCUUAACUGUUUGGGCACUACCGUACCUCAUACCAAUUGUCAUUCUAAUUUACGUCGUAUACUACUUGAUCCAAGUAAGCGACAGUAGUUAUUCCAUUUACUUUCAAGUUUUAUAUUAUGGUACUAUAGGGAAAAUUCUGUUUGUUGACAUGUUUUGUAAUUGUUAAGUCACUUUUGUAGAGAUACUACCGUCACACAACAUGUGAAGUGAAGCGCAUCACAUCCCUCACCUUGUCCCCCUUAUACGGCCACAUCUCGGAUACUGUAUUAGGCCUGGUUACCAUAAGAGCAUUCCGUUUCACGACCAGAUUCAUGGAGAAGUUAAGGAACCUUCUGGAAGACAACCUGAGUGCUCAGUACACAAACUUGGCUGCUUCUCAGUGGCUGUCUAUCAGGCUACAACUGUUAGCUGUCGUCAUGAUAUCAGCUAUCGCUUUCAUCGCGGUACUGGAGAAUCAUUUGCAUACUGUAGAAAGUGGACUAAUAGGGCUAGCCAUAACAUAUGCUCUGACUAUGACAAACGUGCUUAACAGUCUGUUGUCAUCGUUUAUUGAUACGGAAAAGGAGUUGGUAUCGGUAGAGAGGAUCAUGGACUACAUUCACACGAUACCUGUGGAAGAUACGAACGCCGAGACUGGGAACGUCGACCGAUUUUUGGUAUGUGUGUUUAAAUUGCGAUUCAUUUACAAAAUGUAAUUUAUUUUUUAUUCUGGUUAACAUUGUAGAUAGUUUGUUUAGAAUUGUUUCCAUCUGUUAUGUUUUUGUCGCUACAUUACUCUCUUUACUUUAGUAUUGCCGAACGGCCAAAGGUCAAGUCAAUUUCAUGGGAGUAUGCCUGAGAUACGCGAGCCAUCUGCCUCUUGCCUUGUCUGAUGUUACUUUUACAAUUGAAGCCGGCAAGAGAGUGGCGAUCAUUGGCAGGACUGGAGCUGGCAAAAGCAGCCUCUUCCAGGUAUGUAACAUACUAAUCAAUAACAUAUCCUAGUGAAAGGUAAAUGUUUCAUAAGAUUAUAGACCUGAAAGACGAAAAAUGAUCUAGAAUGUGAUUAAUACCUUAUUCUAGGCUCUAUUGAAAGCCCACCCGGUCGAAAGUGGCAAGAUAUUCAUCGAUGGCACCAUUGACAUUGGCCAACUGGAUCCAAAAGCGGUUCGAUCUCUGUUUGGAGUUGUGAACCAGACCCCUUUCAUCUUCUCUGGCACGAUCAGAGAGAACAUCAAGUUGAACAACGACAACGUCUCUGAUAUCGAGAUUCUGGAGCUUUUGGAGAUGGCAAAGCUCAGUUUAUGGCUAGACCGUUGUGGUGGACUGGACGCUGAAGUCAUCGAAGGCGGAGCCAAUUUCUCUUAUGGAGAGCGACAGAUCAUUCAAGUCUGUCGCUUGGUCUUGUCCAAACCCAAGGUAAGUCAACAUUAUGAAGUAAAAGGACAAAACAAACAAAAGAUCUUUAAGGUAAUUACAAAUGCAAUUGUAUAUUAUAGAUAAAUGUAAUCAUACCUAUGAUAAUAUGCUUUCAGAUUGUACUAAUAGACGAAGCCACAGCUCACAUGGACGACGAAACACACCUAAUCAUGAAUAAUAUAAUCAGAAACAAGCUCGAAACAGCGACGGUACUAUCGAUCGUGCACAGAAUGAAGGGGAUCGAGCACUAUGAUACUGUGAUAGAGAUGGCCAAUGGCACUGUGAUAUCACAAGGACCUCCAGAAGAUUAUUUGCGACAAAACUUGUAA